AUUGUACGCUGCCGAGGAGAGCAUAGCACAGCUGCAGCACCAGCUUCAGUACCAUCAGUCAGCAAGAACGCCCAUCUGCUCUGUUUAACCCUUGAGUCGGCACCAUGGCUGGCGCAAGACGCAACCUGGCCAACAGCCGCCACUCCCGCGCAGCACUCGACGACAUCCUCGCCCUCUCCUUUGGGGAGCAGCCUUCCUCCCCAAGCUCGAGUAGCGGCAUCGGAGCCAUCGGCGCUGGUGGAACUGGGGUCACAGAGCAAGCAUCAGACUACCAUCCGUUUUCACUACCCUCUGCUCGCCGGAUAGGCGGCGAGAGCCACACCCGUCGUCCGCCGCCGCAGAGGAGCACCAUCGCGCCGCCGAACGACAGCAGCGAGAGCGGCGAGCACGAGGUCUUCUUUGAUUCUGGAGACGCCAUGCUGGAGCAUGCUGAUAACGUGCUACCAGCUCAUUCGUCACAGAGCUUCUCGACCGCAGUACAAGCACCAGCGACGGCGCCGGCACCCUCCACAUCUGGCGGCACCCCUGCUGGCGACGCACUUCCCUCGUACGACUUUGAGCGCCAGUCGUACUUCUCAGCACAUGCAAUGCCUCCUUCAGCGUCGGGCUCCAGCAGUUUGAUGCAGACACGUUCACUGAGUCGUGCGUCAAACCAGGGAGUGGCGUCAGCGUCUCGUGCGUACUAUGCAGCUGGCGCAGGCAGCGACGCCGCAGCUCCGGCCUCCGGCUCGACUGUGCACCUCGGAAGCUACGGUGGGAACAGUAAUGCACCGAACAGCAACAAUGCUGUUGGCCUGGCAGGUGCAAGCUCAAGCGCAGGAUCCGGCAUGCCAGAGACUAACGUGAGCCGCCUCCGCGUCCUACUCGGGCGUUUUGGCCGACUCGUCGGCAUGCGCGUACCCGGCGCACUGUACUCGACGCUCUCGCAGAACGACCGCGAGGAAGUAGCGCAAGAAGGAUCAGGCAGCAGCGCACAUAUGCGGCGUAUCGUCGUCGGCAGCGGACUUGGCUCCGAUGGCGUCUUUGCCAACCUCAGCGCCAAACCCGACCGCCGACGGCAGAGGAGGGAUGAGAAUGGACAGGGGGCGGAUAGAGGCGAGGACGAUGAUUUAGAGGAUGAAGUCCACCCACCCAACUACGAAGCAGCAGCCGCAGACCAAGCGCCGCCGUACUGGGAGACAACAAUCAUCGGUGGACCAGGCUCAUUGCACCCUCUCGCACCGGGCGGGCUCGGCUGGACGCCUGGUUCACCGGUGAUCGGCGCGAUCGAGGACUUGAUCCUUGAAGGCCUGCCUAUCGGCAACCUUUUCGGCUUCGCGUGGAACCUCCUCGUCAGCAGCUCCUUUCAAUUCGUCGGCUUCCUGCUCACGUACCUCUUGCACACCACCCACGCAGCCAAGUGCGGCAGUCGUGCCGGCCUCGGCAUCACGCUCGUCCAGUACGGCUAUUACCUCCGCUCGGGCGCUGCGCAUCUGCAAGCCGUGCAAGCGCAAGACGGCGGCGGCGGCAACCAUCAUGCAGACGACUUGGCAGAUGACCCAGCUAGCAAGGAUGAACAGCAGCAGCUGAGGCAGCAGAAAGACGCGAUAGUCUCCAACGAAGUGCUCGCGUACAUCCUCAUCGCACUAGGCUUCUUCAUCCUCGUCAACAGUCUGCUGUCCUAUUGGCGCGUCUACCGCUGGGGCUACCAGCUCGUCGGCGCCGCGCGGCGUGAACAGGCUGCCGCUGCUGCUGCUGCUGAUGCUGAUGCUGAUGCUACUCAUGACACGGCGACGGCCGCUGCUGAUGCAGACACCCCACAGUCUCCGUACACCUUAGCGACGCGCGUGCGCGCCUUCUUCGCUGGCGGAAUCCCCGGCAGCAGCAGCAGCGGCGCAGGUAGCACCAGAGCGCACGAUGCAGAAGACUGGAUCAUCUUCCCCGGCGCUGGCCGGCGGCUGACGGACGUCGAAGAAGGGCGCGCCGGUCGCGAACCGCGUCGCGCAGCCGAUGAUGACGACGACCAGGAGGACAAUGAACACGACUCACGCCAGGCAAUGCACCCAAGGCAGCACUCAAGUCCCGAAGAAGCGCGCCUGGUCAACGACCUGAGAGCGACCGGCUUCCUGUCGUGAUUUCGCACCACUCCAUCGCUCGCCGCCUCGUUCCUCGGUUCCCCGUCUUUCGUGUAGCAUGCUGUUCGCCCCCGGACGAGCGACUGACUGUUGUAAAAUCCCAUGCAAAUCGCAUAUGUUCAUAUUUUUGCAAUUGCCAUGAUGCUC